AUGUCAGGUACAGAGCAAAAUAUAUUGACCUCAAUGCAACAUUUGUCAAUUCAAUCUAGUAACAGUGGUCCAUCUGAGAAACCAACUCAAGUGGUCACCCCUGCUGUUAAUAGAAACCAGGUGUCAUCAAAGAUUACCCAAGUUAAAGGUACAGUUUCUCCUGCAAUUGCUACUAUUGAUCGAUUACUAAGUUUAGGUACACCAGCGCCACCUCCUCCACCUGUCAUACAUAGAUCUUCAGAUAUGGACCCACAUACUGUUGAACAGUUGCGAGCUGUUAAAGAGAUGCUUACAGCUCAGGAAGAAGAAGCUCACAAUCUAAGAGAAAUUAAUCGUGAACUCGGAGACCGAUUAGAGGAAUGUGAAACAAAGAUUAAAAAAUUAGCAGAACAAAAUGAGGAAUAUGCAGAGAAAGAAAAGGCAUUGUCACAGCGAGUCUCAGAAAAAGUAAGAAAUAAUAAACAAAUGAGUGUUGUAAUGGAAGAAUAUGAAAGAACAAUCUCAUCACUCAUUGGUGAAAGAGAAUCUGAGGCUAAAAGAUGGGCAGAAGAGAGAGUUACAUUGCUGAGGGAACGUGAUGAAGCUGCUGCACACUUAGCAUCUAUGGAACAUGCAUUUAAUGAUGUUCAUACCAAAUAUGAGAGAUGUAAGGUUAUUAUUCAAGGUUAUAAAGGUAAUGAAGAAACAUUAAAAAGAACUGUUGAGGAUAAUACUGAUGCAAUACAAAAAAUGGAGGCUAGAUAUGAAACACUGCGCCAACAUGCAAUGCAGCAAUUAAACAAGGCAAAUGCAGAGCUGGAUUCUAUGAAGAAAUCUCAUCAGGCAGAAAUCCUUAAAUUAAAUGCAAUGUUGAAGAAAAGUGAAGUACAUGCAUCUUCUUUGCAAGAAUCAUUGGCUCAGAAAAUUAAAGAUAAUGAGGAACUAACAGCUAUCUGCGAUGAGCUCAUUAACAAGGUUGGGUAA